UCAGACGGGAGAAGAGUGUCGACGCGACGCUUAUACCACGUAAGCGGUAAAAAGUUAAAAGGGUCAAAUAAACUCUGUCCAUUAAAACAGAUGGGGCAAAAAGUGAAUGUACAUCUGUUGAUCAAGAAUAGAGCACCAAGAAAAGGGAAGAGAGCCGAGAGCUCGUACCAAGGGAAAUAUGACAGGAAAGGGAUAAGGAGAGACUGUGGUCGCAUGACGAUUCUGAAAGAAACCGAGUCGAGUGUGAAUAGACCAGAGGAACCGGAAGUAAUCGUGAGAAGCCGAACUGGAAGGCUGGCCUUGGCUGCUUGGCUCCAUUCACUGUACAAUGUUGCAAGAGCGGGCUCAUCAGUGGUGGUGGUAGUGUCCGUUGAAGGUGUAGGGAGUCCAAAUCCGGGGUUUGGGACUGGGACAGCAAUGGCGACCAUAGCGGUGGCGACGAGGACGGUGAUAAAGCGAAUUGGAUUCAUAUCGAGACGAGAAGUUUUGGGUUUGAUCUGUUUAACUGGCCUUGAAUACCUGCAGAUCGAGAAGCAGCGAGAAGCUAGCCAAAAGCCAAAAGGAAGUGAGACUAAGCUCCGUUGUCGGCCUAUCCUAGUGGUCUUGGCGAUUUGGCUUGGGACCUACUUGACCCUGAACUAUGUCAUUCACCUUUCUGGGACUUACGCAAUAGAAUCGAGAUGCACGCUAAUGUUAAUGGAGAAAGGCAGACAGUGUAUUAAAAGAGCGGACGCUACAAUCCAAACCAUCAGGCUAGGAGGGGAGGGACAAGAGAAAUCAACUCUCUCUACGAGUAUCUCCAAGAAUGACAAGAAUGGAAUAUAG